AUGAAGGGCCCCAUUACCGCCAUCCUGCAGCUUGGUGCUGUCUAUAUUUCAAUCACAUCAGCCUGUAAGCUAAGUGAUCUUCCCAUUUUCGCUGGUCAUACCAAUUAUAUAUUGGAUCAAUGCAACGGGCCUAUAGAUGGACAUAUGCUUAUUAGCUGGUUGAUAGAUCCUCAAGGGUGUGAGAUCCCUCGACUUAUUGAUGCUUCUGCCGAGCAGCUUCAGGAUGGGUUGACCAAAGGAUGCUUCACCAGCGUUGACCUGGUUAACACAUAUGUUGCGAGAAUCGCAGAGGUCAACUCUACCGUUCGAGCUGUCACAGAGAUUAACCCGGAUGCACUUGCCAUCGCCCAGCAGAUGGAUGAUGAGAGAAAGAAGGGCAAGGUUCGGGGUCCUCUCCACGGCCUACCGAUUGUUAUCAAGAACAAUAUUUUCACGGACGACAAGAUGAGCUCUACCGCGGGGUCUUAUGCUCUGUUCGGUGCCCGAACAUCUGGUGAUGCCACUGUGGCUUCGAAGCUGAGAAAAGCUGGCCUGGUCAUCAUGGGUAAGUCAGGUGCUUCGCAGUGGGCAAACUUCCGAUCAACCAACUCUACCAAUGGAUGGAGUGCAUAUGGUGGCCAGGUAACGGCUGCAUAUUAUAAGAACCAAGAUCCCAGCGGAAGCUCCAGUGGGAGCGGUGUCGCUUCAGACCUUGGAUUGGCCUUUGCAACCUUGGGUACUGAAACAAGUGGCAGUAUUGUUGGUCCCAGUGAUAAGAGUAACAUCGUUGGUAUUAAGCCCACGGUUGGCCUGACUUCGCGCCGUUUUGUUGUCCCCAUCAGUGAGCGUCAGGACACUGUUGGUCCCAUGGCCAGGUCAGUCAAGGAUGCUGCCUACCUGCUCCAGGUCAUUGCUGGCAAGGAUCCCAACGACAACUAUACAUCCGCCAUCCCAUUCGAUAACAUUCCCAACUACGUCAAGGCUUGUAACCUCAAUGCCCUCAAAGGAAAGAGAAUCGGAGUCCCACGCAAUGUCAUCAAAAUCUUCGGAGCGGAGAGGACUGUCGUAGACCAAUUCAACAAGGCAUUGACAGUCAUGAAGCAGGCCGGUGCUAUCAUUGUUGAGAAUACGGACUUCACUGCCUUUGCAGAGUUUGCUCGAAGCCCUAUCCCUGAUGACAUCCUCUAUGCGGACUCGCUGAGCAACCUGCCUGCAUUCUUUAAGCAGCUCACGGUUAACCCUAACAAAAUCACCGAUCUUGAAAGUGUCCGAAGGUUCACUCAGCAUCAUCGCCUGGAAGAAUACCCUAGCCGCAACACCGGAAGAUGGGAUAUUGCCCUCCAGAAGGGAGUGAAAAACACAGAUCCUCGCUUUUGGCCUAUGUAUCAGAAGAAUUUGAAAUUCGGCGAUGAGGGAGGUAUUCUCGGCGCCUUGAAACGUCACAACCUGGACGCUGCCGUUCUGCCUACUGAUCUCUCACCCUAUAUUCCUGCCCUUGUCGGGUCUCCUAUCGUCACUGUCCCACUUGGAGUUUUUCCAAAUGGAACCAAGGUGAACCACGAUAGAGAGCUUGUUACCUCCGGACCCGGAAUACCUAUUGGCCUUAGUUUCAUGGGAGACUUCUGGAGCGAGGAGAAACUGAUCGGAUUGGCGUACGCGUUUGAACAAAGAACACAUGCUAGGCCCAAGUUGAAGAGAUUCAUUGAGCCUAAGAAGGAGGUGAAGGAUUUGAUGUAA